UCCUCACUAGCUUACCAACAACGGCGCCAGUCCGGGAUUCAAAAUCGUGUGACCCUCCAUCAAUUUCCGCGUCCUUCUGACACUUUUCAGCUCUCAUAACUCACCCAAAACCCUAAACAUUCUUCCCUCCCUUCGCUUAACUUCAAAUACAUACAUACCUUCCGCUAGGAAAUAACGCCUCAAAAGAAUAAAAAAGAAAAAUCCAAGCUAGCGAGCUGUAAGAAGCUACACAGCUAUUUUUCAAGCGUUGAUCCUUUCCCAAUCAGCCCACCACCUCUGAAGUAUCCUUCUACCCCGCUGCCGCUGCAGGAGUGACGCACUCCAGCGGUGAAAUCUUCACCACCCCCAAUUGAUAGGCUCAUCCUUCCGUCUAUCCUUCAGGCGAUCCUUUUGAGCACAGAAAGGAACACUCAAGCAUAAGACUCGAGGAGAUGGCGUACAGAAGUAGCCGGAGUGAUAUAAGUGAGAGAGGAGACUAUACCCCUCGGAGAGCCCCGGCUCGGGAAGUCGACGACUUUGAGAUCUAUGAUCGAAGAGAGCGUCGCGCUUCGCCGAGACGAGUAUCCGUGAGAGAGUAUGAGGAUCUAGAUCGGGAGCGCGGCAGAGUAGACCGCACCCCCGCAUUUCUCAAAGAUGAUGCGAGGAGGGCAGAGGCCGGACAGCUAGUACUGCGUCAGCGUGAGGUCGAAACCGUCGACCGCAGACGCCAGAGUCCUAGUCCUGUCCGGUACCGAGAGCGCAUCGUUGACCGGGAGCGUGAACGGGCACCUUCGAUGCCCCCAGAGCGCCGGCCCAGAUUCAUCGAACGGUCGCCUUCACCGGCCCCCACAGCUGUCCGAGUAGAAUCUCGCACAAUUGAAAGACGACGAGAGCGAUCGCCAACUCCGCAGAGAGAAAGGGAUCAUGAUCUCAUCCGUCUACGCAUCGAGCGUGAAAAGGAGCGGACUCCCUCUCCCAGCCCAUCGCCUCCACCUCCACCCCCUCCUCCGGUUAUCCGAGGUCCAACAAUCGAACGUGAGGUCAUCACGCACUAUCGCGAUAUCGACCAUGGUCUCAUAAGAGCCAAACCGCCAACCCCGCCACCACCACCCCGCACGGCGCCCCCUCAGAUGCGGGAGCGCGACCUCGACAUCGACAUCGACAUCCGGGGCCGGGAGACGGACGUGGACAUCCGGGAGCGCACGCGGUCGAAGUCGCGGCCGCGCGAGCGGCCCCGCCCGCUGCUGCGGCCGUCGUACUACGACGACGACGACCUGGUGAUCGAGAAGGACCGGGAGAUCGUGCGGGUGGCGGAGGGGGCCCGGCGGCGGGCGCACAGCGCGGCGCCCCCGCGCGCGGAGUGGGAGGACGAGGCCGAGUACAUCACGGACAAGAUCGACGCGCGCGGCCGCAUGGGCGAGGCCUGGAACGGCGCGACCAAGGACUGGACCAUCGUCGACGUGCCGCCGGGCACCGAGCGCGUCAAGAUGGACGGCGUCGGCGGCGGCGGCGCAGAGGUCAACUGGUCCCGGUACAGCGGCGUCCGCCGCUCCAAGUUCGUGCCCGAGCGCGACGGCACGCCCGUCAGCAGCGCCAUCAGCGAGCCGCCGCCGCUGCGCGAGCGCGAGCCCUCGCGCGAGCGGGACCGCGAGAGGUUGAGCAUCCAGGUCUUCGAUAAGCGGGAGCGCUCGCGCGACCGCGACGUCGAGGUCGAGGAGAUCUCGGACAGGCGGAUCUCGAUCCGCGACGGGGACCGCGCGCCGCCUCGCAAGAGGAGCGAGAUGUGGACGGAGAUCACGAAGGACCUCGUCAUCCGCGAGGCGAUCGAACGCAUGGGGUACGAGUACGAGGAGACGGAGUGGUUCUUCUACGUCAUGCAGUACCUGCGCUACGAGGACGUCCUUGAGCUGGUCAACUUGUCGGAUACGAUCCGCCGCAACCGCCGGCGCAGGACCCAGGAGCUCGAGUGGGAGCGCGACCGCGAGUGGGACCGCCGCCACCGCAACCGCCGCUCCGUCAACUGGGACAAGGUCGACGACGAGCGCAUCGUUGAGCGCGAGGUCGUGUAUGACCGCCCGAGCCACCGCGGCUACGUCCGCUAAGCGGCCUUGGCCGCGCUUCACAAGGGAGUAUGUAGGCCCGCGAUGUAAUUAAGGGCUGACGAGUCUGCUUGUGGGGAUGAGCGAAUCGUGGGCGGGUGGUUGCUGGAGUCGUAUCUCGAGAACACGCCACUCCGACGGGUGGCCCGUCUGCCUUUCUAGUUAUAUACACGAUGUCGGCGGGCUAUCUCUGAGUUAUACCUAUCGUAUAUCGGCAUAUCUCGGCUGGCGGUGGUUCCGAGACGAGGUUGGAUCGAACUAAGCGGGUAUACGUUUU